AUGACUAACUUCAUCGUAAAAAGUUUUGCAAAAUUUGACAUAUUUGGUUCUGAAGUAGGACUAAACUAUUAAAAAGAUAACAUAUUCAAAACAACAUUUGGAGGAUUCAUGAGUUUAGGUUUUUUUGUAUUCUUAGGGAUCUUCUUUUGGAACAGCAUUUUCUCAUUUCUAAACAAAGAAAAUGUUCUUGCUAUCACAAAUAAACAGUUCUACUUGGAUCCUCCUGUUGUAACACUAAAUGCUAAGAAUUUUAUGUUUGCUGUUUAAAUAAGUUAAGAUAAUUUUUUAUAAAAUCCCUACCUAAAUGUCACAUUCGAGACAAGAGAUUAUGUAACUUUGUAAAAUGGGACAAAAAUUAGAAAUCUUUAUCCUACGUAACUAGAACCAUGUACUCCAGAGCACUGGUCUCAACUGCCUUAAUAUGGUGUCAAUUGGACAGACUCCUUUUACAGAUUUAACUUUAAAUAAUUUCUUUGCCCAACAAAAGACUAUCAGUUUUUGUUGGGAGGAUCUUAUAAUUCAGAGCAUUUUUAUCAUUGGAAAUUCUCUAUUACAAAAUGCUCUAAUAAUACCCUGCCAACAGCUCUUUGGAGACCUGUUUGUUAGAGCGAUGAAUAAAUAUAGACGUAUUUUAACAAAACUCAAAAUAUCAGAUUCAACAUUUACACAAGUAAUUUUGUUAUAAAUGCACUCGAUAGUAAGAAUUAUGUGAGUAAUUACAUUGAAGAUUCUAUUUUUUUUUAGAUACAAAAUAAGAAUUCAUACAUAACUUCUGAUAUUUACUUUAGUGAAAACCUUAUCCAAACUGAUCAAAGUCUGCUUCCUUUUCCUAGCCUAACAAACGAAACAAUUAUAUCUUUUCAGAAUGGUAACUAUAGACCAUAAUAUGUCUUUGGGUAGAUUGGAAAUUCAUAUGCCGAUUUCUUUAUCAGAAAAGAUCCUUUUGUUUAUCGAACAAACAGGGCAUUUCAAAAAAUUAGUUAGAUUAUCUCUUACAUUGGAGGGUUCGCUCAAAUAUUUAUUUUAGUAACAGCGAUUUUAGUAAAUUAUUAUAAUGAAUACAUAUACGCAAUAUCAUUGGCUAAUAGAAUUUAUGACUUUUAAUUCUAGAGCAAAAAAACAAACAAAGAAAGUUAACAAAUUUCAUUUGAUAACACAAAAAUAAAUGGAAAGCGUAAUUAAUACAGUAUAGAGAAAGGCAGAUCUCAUAGAAAUGAAUAAGAGAUGAAAUCAAAUAACAAUAAAUAAACAGUAUUAACAGAAAUAAUAGAUUUAGAAAACUAAGACAAAAUAAAGGAAAGUCAGUAGGAAAUAGAUAUGAAUCUAACUAAUAAAAAGCAAAUAAAUAGAGAAGAUGGUGGACUAUUACCAUUAGAUGAGUUAAAAGCAAUCAUACUCUAAAGAAAACUGCAAAUUGAAUAGUAAUAGUUCAAUUAUCAAUAACCAAAAAAAUCUUGCUAUAAUCAAAAAUAGCAAUUAAUUAAAACUGAAGAAUAGACUGAAGUAGUAGUAGAAGAAGAGAUAUCUAUAAAUUAAAUAUAGAUUAUUGGUUAGGAUAAAGCUGUCUAAACUAACUAAAAAAAUGAAGAAAUAUAAUAAUAGCAAUUAGAAAAUUAACCCCCAUAUAAUAAACUUACUCCUGCAAAUUAAAUUGAAUGUAAAAUUGUUAAUGAUGAUAGUAUAAUCCCUGAAACUCCUUUAGAAAUAUAGAAAAAAAAUAUAUUUUAGUCAGAACCCACUUUAAAAAAUGAAAACUAAAUAUUAAGCACAGAAAGUAAUCAGAUAAUUAAAGAUCAAAAAUAAGAAUUAAAAGAUUAUCACUAACAACAGCAAUCAAGCUAAAUAGAUAGGUAGGUUGAAAGCAAUUAGCACUUUAACUAAGAUGCGAUUUCUUCGGAGAAUAUACAGAUUACUUAUAAUUAAGUAUUUAGUAAGAUGAAUACGCUUUAAAAUAAGCUAGAUACUCCAAAAUCUAAAUUUGUUUCUUAAAACAAUAUUCUUUUACAUGGACUUGGAUAUAAAAAUUAAAAAUAAUUCCUUUCAAAAGAAUUUGAAUUCUUAGUCAAAAAACAAGCUACUCUCUAAAUGACUUUUAAAUACUUCCUAUAUAAAAUGACUUGUCAUAAAUUCUUUAAGACUGAAUAAGUUUUACUUUUAGAUAAGGCUAAUGAAAAAAUGAAAUAAGAUUUAGAUAUCUUUACAAUCAUGAAUAAAAUAAAGGAGAUUGAAAAAUUUAAAAAACUAUUUUUGGAUAAAAACUAAGAAAUUCUUUUCAAUUUCUUCCCAAAGCCAGUAAUUUCUAUUGAAAAAGAAGAAUAAAAUCUUACAAGAGCAGAAAUAGAAGAAAAACUAAAAGAAAAUAUUAAAAGAGACUCUUUAUUAAAAUUAAACUAACAAAAAUCACUUAAGGUUAAUUAACAGCAAUAAAAAAAGCUAAAUAUAAGCAUAAAAGUAGCUUCUUUAGUGCAAAAAGCUGCACAGAAAUUUAAAAAACCUCUCAUAUCUAAAAUGGAAAAAUACAACACACUAAACACCUAUAACAUGCUUUAUAACGCUUAUGAAAAGCUUAUAGAAGAAGGAUAAAACAGCAAGUUCAAUAGAAAGCUAAUAGAACUACUUGGUGAUGAACUGUCUAAAAUAUUUGAGAUCUCUACAAUGUUAGCAAACAAAAGCAAAGUAAACUAAAAGUAGAAUUUAACUUUAAAAAUGUGCUAAGACGACAAACUUUAACAGUAAGAAUAAGCAGAUUUAAAUAGUAAAAGGUUUAUAUUUACAGAUUAAAUAGGAUCUCUCCCUUCAACAGAAAGAAAGCUUGGAUUCUUCUCAAAUUAUUAAUGA